AUGUCACAAUCCAAAGAUGAAGAUUUAUUCUCGAAAGACAUGGUGAUGGCUAGAGUGGAGGACGAAAAAUCGAAUCCUGCUUCUGAUGAAGAGGAAUUGUUAUUAUCUUUAAAUUCCGAUGACUUGAAAGAUGAAUCGAAUGAAAACAACAAUCCGAUCAUCAACAACACACAAGAAUUAUUGGAUGGAUUGAAUGACAAUAUCAAUGAGGAAGAAUCAGAAAAACCAAAUGCAAGAAAAUUUUCAGAAUAUGAAGAAAAUGAUGACGAUUUUGAAAUACCUGAUGAUUUAGAUCUUUCUCCGAAUUCAUCUGAUAAUCCUUCUAAAAAAAUUAAAUUAACGAAUUUAUGUCAGGACGACGAUUUGGAACUACCCUCUGAAACUUUUGGAUUUGUAAAUGCUUCUACCAUGAAAAAAGCUCAUUCAGAAAAUUUUGAAGAUACGAAACACAAUGAAACAAACAAACCUACAGAAACUUUUGGAUUUGUAUCUGCGUCACGAUCUAAAAAUCUUCAUUCUACAAGUAACAAUGGUGCUCAAGAAAUGCCUCCAGAAACGUUUGGAUUCAUUUCUGCUUCUUCUUCUUCUAACAAAACGAAAUCAAUGAGUGACAUUAAUGAUGAGGACAACAACGAAAGGCCGCCUGAAACUUUUGGAUUUGUAUCUGCUUCUUCCUCGAACAAACUACAGUCAAAACUAAUGAAUGACAAUGAUGAGAGGCCACCAGAAACUUUUGGAUUUGAAUCAGCUCUUUCAAGCAUUAGAAAGCCACAAGAAACUUUUGGAUUUGUAUCCGCCAAAAGUGAAGAAAAACCUCCUGAAACAUUUGGAUUUCAAUGUACAAGGUCCAUUUCCACAAUAAGAGGCGGUGAUACUUUUGAUAAACCUCCUGAAACAUUUGGAUUUGUAUCAGCCAAGACAUCCAAUAGUCUCAAUUCAUCCUCCAAAAUGAUGGAUGAUAAAGAGGAAAGUAAGAUCAACGAAAGGCCUCCUGAAACUUUUGGAUUCGUUUCUGCUUCUUCCUCGAACAAACUACAGUCAAAACUAAUGAACGACAAUGAUGAGAGGCCACCAGAAACUUUUGGAUUCCAAAGUGCAUCCAUCCAUAGACCACCAGAAACUUUUGGAUUUCAAAAAGCCAACUCUGAAAUGUUGAAACAUGAAAGACCACCCACUGAAACAUUUGGUUUUAUUUCAGCAUCAUCGUCCAAAGAAGAAGAACAAUUACCUGCAGAAACUUUUGGGUUUGUUCGAGCGAGUGCCAGUAGUAGUCGAAGGACUUUUACGGAUGAUUCAACACGCACCCACUCAUGGCAUGAUUUGAAAUUUCCUCCUCCAACCGAAGAAUUGAUUUCAGAUGCCUCUUCCUCAAAUCACAAACCGUUUAAAACACCUUCGAAAAUCAUUUCAGGCAAACAAUCAACACCAGAGAGUUCUGAACCAUUUGCUACUCCAGUGAAGGGUGCAUCGAGUAAUAAUACUACUCCCAAAAGAAGUAUUAAGACUCCAUUUGCCUCUUAUUUAUCGAAUCAGAAAAAAGAAACACCAACCAAUCGAGUGUUAGAAACUACAAAGAAAAAGCAAAAAAAGUUUAAGACACCAAUGAAAUCUGAGAAACUGUUUGAAGAAGCUACGAAAAGAGAGAGAGAGCGUUCAAGCAAGUCAAGUUCCAAUAAGACGACCACCAAGUCAGAUACAACACCGAUUUGUCCGCCCAGUUGGGUUCCUGUUAAAAAGUCAUUGGAAGAGAGAAAGUCAGAAAAUAUCAAAUCAAAACCUAGAAAAAUUCAAUUACUUGGAGAUUGCAAGCAGAUUUCAAUCGAAAGUUUAAAAACUAGAUAUAAUCUCUCUCAAGUGGUUGUUUCCAUGAACAGCACCUCUUCUAAGAAUUUCAAAUUCGACACAACUUUACACAAAAUUUCACAGGAAAUGCUACUUGCAAUUCAGGAAGAAAAUGAAGGAAAGCCCGUGACGGAAGUUGGUACUGAACAAUUACAGCUUCUAUUACACAAGUUUGGGGCUAAAAAAGAAGUCACUAAAAUUGAGUGGGUUGAAAAUCACUUUCGAUGGAUUGUUUGGAAACUUGCUUCAAUGGAUAGAACAUUUCCGAAUGAUUCUUCCUUUCCAUUUUUAACUCCUGAAAAAGUUUUAGGUCAACUUGUUUAUCGAUACAAUGUUGAAUAUUGUAUGGGAAAGAGAUCAUGUUUGAAACAGAUUGCAGAAAAAGAUGUACCUCCAGGCCAUUACAUUGUAUUGGUUGUGGCUUCUUUAGAUAUUUGUGAGUCAUCUGAUACCAAUAGUGACUCCAAAAUUAUAGAACUCAGCGAUGGUUGGUAUAGUAUGAAAGCAAAAUUGGAUGAACCUCUCACUCGAUAUGUAGAAUGGAAGAAAAUCAAAGAAGGACAAAAAUUGAAAAUUAUUGGAGCUAAUUUUACAGAGAAUUUUGAAGCUGCUCCACCACUAGAAUUACCAGGAAAUGCAUGUCUUAAAUUGAGUGUCAAUGGUGUCAAGAAGGCAAAAUGGGACGCCAUGCUUGGAUUUCAAUAUCGACAAAAACCAUUUAAAACAUCAUUUAAAAGUAUUCAAGCAGAAGGAGGAAACAUUCCAUAUAUUAGAGCCAUUGUAAAGAGAGUAUAUCCAAUCAAGUAUUUUGAAAAACAAAAUGAUGGAAUCACCAUUGUGAGAACCAAAGCAGCUGAAGAUCAUGCAGCGAAUAUCGCAGAAAAAGAAAAGGAAAGAAUUUCUUCUAAUUUAUUUCAAACUUAUUACGAUGAAGAGAAGAGGAAACGAAAAGGAUCUAAAACUACAAUCACAACUCCUAUCAAGAGAAUUUAUGAAGGAUCAACUCUCUACAACCUAUUACAAUCUACAAAAGAUGAAAUGAGUUUUUAUGCACAGUUAGAUGAGAAUCAGCGAGAUAUACUUUCUUCCUAUCAACAACAAUUGGAAAGUGAUAUUUAUACUGCUGUUAAUAAUAGAAUCAGCGAAUUUAUUGCCAAUGAUCCGAAACUGAACCGAGAAGUCUCUUCAAUGCUUUCAGUGAAAUUAGGCGAUUGUUGUCCAUACCUUAAAAAUCCAGAAACCACUCUUAAUGAUCGAGAAAUAAUGUUAACAUUGUGGAAGACAGAUGAAGAUUCAGAACUUUUUCAAGAAGGAAAUAUUUUAGAUAUUUAUAAUUGCAGACCUUCCAAGCAAUCAGCAAAUCAAGUCAUGAAAUCAAUCACUACUGUAUCAUUUACAAAAAUUGAGAUAUUCAAAAGCUACAAAGAUCUCACAGAAGAAGAAAUGAGCAAAUAUUUCUACACGCCAAGAAGAUGUUUUACAAUGAGCGAGAUGAAAGAUCCUGAAAAAAGAAAUGGAAACAACGAAAUGGAUUUUGUUGGAAUUUUAAUUCACUCAAAAGAAAUUGAACAAAAGGAGAGAGAUUAUACUUUACACGUCCUAUUCUUUGUAGAUAAUACUUGUUUGGAGAAUGAGAACAAACCAACCAUUCUUCAACUUACAUAUAUUGAAUCUGCAAAAAGACAAUUUAUAUGGCUUCUUUCUGAGAAUAAGGUUUACUUUUUGUCAAAUAUUGUGUUCUCAGAAUUUGAUGAAACGAACGGUAGAAUCAAAUGUCAUGCAAAAGAUCAUGCUUCAAUUUCAGAGAGAGCCAACAAAUUCUAUUUUAGACAACAAGCCAUUGAAGUGAAUAAUUUCUUCAAAUCGAACAAGAACAAAAUUUUAUCUCUUGCAGAAGUUGUGAAUCAAUACAAUCCAAGGGAAGAAUUUGAUUUUUCAACACCUCGUAAAAUGAUGAUCAUGGAAGAUGAGACCAUUGAAGAAGACAUUAGUUGCAAUAUUAUCAUCAACCAAGAUUUUCGAAUGCAUGUCACAUUAUUAGAUACUGUUUAUAAUACCCUCGAAAGCUAUUCCUACCCAAAUCAGCAAACAGAAAGUAAUCCCGUCUACAGGAAAGCAGAAGAUGUUUACUCUUACUUUGUGAAGUUAUAUAUUGAUGUUAAAGACAUGAGUACGGCAGAAUAUAAGACCAUCAAAUUCACAGAGGACAUGUUCGACAAGCUCAUCCAUGCACUCUUUUAUGACGACGAUACCAACAAUGUUGAGGAUCUCUCGGAAAUGGAUAAGAAUGAAAACAUACCGUCCUGGAUGACACUUCUUGUGAAUGAGGGUAAAAUAGAAGAUACAUCAGAAAUAGAGGGAAACAUUAAUUCACACUCCUCAUCUGUAUUCAAUUCGGAAAAGCUUAUUCAAACCAGAUUGAAACUCUUUUCAUCGGGAAAUGUUAAUUCCAUCCAGCAGAUUUGUCGAUGCCUAUUAGUUGGUACCAAGUUUGUAAAGACUGAAGAAGAUUUGGUUGAUUUUACAGACAAUGAUGUGUUCAAAUCUCUAUUAUGUUGUACUCCUUUGGAAUGGAAUGUAUUGAUGACUCACUUUACUCAGACCCUCUGUGGAUCCCUUUUGAAAUUCAAAUUAACAAGCCCUGAGAAGGAAGUCAUAGAUGUAUCUUGUGUUUUGAGAGGAUUCAAUGGUCUUGAUGAUAUCAUGGAUGAUCUGUGA